UUGAUUUAGUUCAGUGCCGACCACUCGCGGGAUACGUCGUUGUACGGAGAGAUUGCCGUCGGGUGUGUAUGAGUUGUGUGUGACGCGACGAUCUCAUCCGGUGUAUUUCGUUCAGUGUGUGUCGUAGUCGCGUCGUCGGCGUAGUAGGCCGAGAGAGAGCGAUCCACCUAGCAGUGAUCGGGAGCGACGCGGCGCGGAAAACGUUCCAGCGACAACGGCAAUAUUCCGGUGCAACAUGCGCAACGGACAAUCGGUUCCGGGGAGAUAACCAAGCGGCCAAUUAUUGCGGCCACGGAUCCCCGCCCGCUGUUUUUGAUUAAUCACAGUUUUUCAUGGUUUACUACGGUCGAAGCUUGAAAGAAAACACGUCUAUGGAUCCCUCGUUGGGCCGAAAAUAGGAGCACGGCUAUUACCAAUUCAGUGAUCAUCCGCCAUCGUAAAUCACGUUGGCCGCGCAGAGUUCAACAAAUAGUUCAUCAACUUCUGCGCAAUAAAAUUCAAAAUCAGUUGAUUUUUAUCACAAUUGCUUCAGUUGCGAUUCGAAAACCAACAAGUGUCAGUGUGUGCCUUAAUUAGUUCGUGGAUCAAGUACCCAAUUAACUAACCCCGCUCAACCCACUUCCGCCCUCCACCUUGGAUUAAGGAAGUCCUCGAGAAAAAAGAAGUGUACAGUGCGAAUCGAAAGCAGUGCCCAAACCCCUAAAUUAAAAGUCGAGUUUUCGAUCAGUGCUAACCGGUAUCCACCACCCCCCCUACAUGGUAAUGGCAGAGAUCGGUGGCCCCUUGGCGCACCAGUUGAACCCCCUGCAGAGCCACCGGGGCGGACUGGUGCAGCCGUCGCUGGUGAUGAACCACCACCUGGACCCGCUGGACAACGGCGGGGGCACCUGCCACACGCCCAACAUUCUGCCAAAAAAGGAACGCCUCUCGUUGUGCGUCGGCUGCGGCACCCAGAUCCACGACCAGUACAUCCUGCGGGUAGCGCCGGACCUGGAGUGGCACGCGGCCUGCCUCAAGUGCCAGGAGUGCCACCAGUUCCUGGACGAGAGCUGUACCUGCUUCGUGAGGGACGGCAAAACGUACUGUAAGCGAGAUUAUGUUAGGUUAUUUGGUACCAAAUGUGAUAAAUGCGGCAACUCCUUUAGUAAAAACGACUUUGUGAUGAGGGCGAAAUCGAAAAUCUACCACAUAGAGUGCUUUCGAUGCUCGCUCUGUAUGAAACACCUGCAACCUGGAGACGAAUUCGCGUUACGGGACGGUGGCGCGCUGUACUGCAAGGAGGACCACGACCACCUGGAAAAGACGAGCCAAAGUUUGGGGCCGGGCGUCGAGCCGAACAACAACGUCAGCAAUGCCAACGCGAACCAAAACAGCAGUAGCAACAACAACAAUAACAACAACAGCAGUAGUAACAACAACAACAACAACAACAUUAGCCUAAGCAAUAACAACCACUCGAGCGAGCUGGGGUCGAUGUCGGAUUCCGGCAGCGAGUCGGGUUCGCACAAGAGCAUGCGCGGCAAGGGACCCACCGGACCGUCGGACGGCAAGCCGACCCGGGUGCGGACGGUGCUCAACGAGAAGCAGCUACAGACCCUAAGAACCUGCUACAACGCCAACCCCCGGCCGGACGCGCUCAUGAAGGAGCAGCUGGUGGAGAUGACGGGCCUGUCGCCCCGCGUCAUCCGGGUGUGGUUCCAGAACAAACGCUGCAAGGACAAGAAGAAAACCAUCCAGAUGAAGCUGCAGAUGCAACAGGAGAAGGAAGGUCGCAAGCUCGGGUACGGCAUGCAGGGCAUCCCGAUGGUGGCCAGCUCGCCGGUGCGGCACGACUCGCCGCUGAACCUGCACGGGCUGGAGGUGACCGCGUACCAACCGCCCUGGAAGGCCCUGUCCGACUUUGCGCUGCACUCCGACCUGGACAGCAACGGCGCGAUCAACACCCACACGCCCGCGUUCCAGCAUCUGGUCAAUCAGAUGCACGGUUACGACGUGGGCGGCGGCGGUGGCAUGCACCAGAUGGGACCGCAGGGUGGCCAGGGCCCUCUCAUGGGUUCGCACAUGGACAUGAGCGGGCACCACCAUCCGGACAGUACGGAUUCGUACGUUUACGCGAGCGACGACAGCAUGCAGGGCAGCCCGUGAAGUCCUCCUCAAUCGCUCUAGAGUUACGGUUAAAUUAAUUGCAAAGUUGUAUUUAAAUGAAGGGGCAGGAUGGAGAAGGAGAAGCUUGGUUUGGUUUAGUUUUUGUUCAAUUUUUUGUUCGAACAGCUGGAGCAGGUGGCAAUAUUCUACUGUAAUUAAGGUUUAGUUACUAUUUGCGUUUAAAAAAAGAAAACACUCAAAGAUAUUCAUUUAAUUUAUUUGAAAAGCAGCAACACGAUUUGUUUCGUUUGUUUCAAGACCUCGGAAUUCUAGCCAAUCGUACUUUUAUAAUUUUAUUUGUUUUUAAGGGAAAGCGAAACAUGCGCACGAGUCGCGCGAGCUUUCAUUGUGCUGUAAAUAGGUGUAAAAUAGUAACUCUUAGUAGGAUUCAAGCAGAAGUUAUUUGGGCAUUUUCCCUUCCUCCCUCUUUAUCAUCACCGAAGAACGAGUAAUAGCGUGUAAUGAAAAAUUCAAAGUUACAAUGGUCUCCUAGGUGUUAAGGCAGUUUAUUUGUAUAAAUCAAUUCAUUCUUGUAAAUACAACUUUUGUUUAAUUUAUUAGUGACUACAUAAUAGGAAUUCAGCAGCAACGUACACAG